GUAUUAUCUAAACUAUCGUUAACAAUGUUAAGAAACUUUUCCUUCGUUCUCUUAUGCCUCUUAUUAAGCUUGCUUAAUCUUACAACUGCCGACGAAUUGUCCGAGAUUGAGGUUGUGGGCAACAAGUUUUUUUUCAAAGACAACGGUACUCAAUUUUUAAUCAGGGGUAUUGCUUACCAGGAAAAUACUGCCAAUAGCACUGCUGAUGGUGGUUCCACUUCAAUUAAUGACCCCUUGGCAGAUCCAGAUUCUUGUAAAAGAGAUGUUAAGUACUUCCAAGAAUCAAAUACUAAUGCCUUAAGAGUUUACGCUGUUAAUACAAGUUUGAACCACGAUGAGUGUAUGAAAACGUUUGCCGAUGCUGGGAUUUACAUCAUUGCUGAUUUGUCGGAACCAGACAAAUCCAUUAACCGAGAAUCUCCAGAAUGGAACCUCGAUUUAUAUGAAAGAUACACUAAUGUUGUUGAUAUGUUUGCCAAUUACACGAAUGUUUUGGGUUUCUUUGCUGGUAAUGAAGUCAGCAAUAACAAAAGUAACACCGAUGCUUCAGCAUUUGUUAAAGCUGCUGUAAGGGAUACAAAAAAAUAUAUGUCUGAUAAGAAGUAUAGAUCAAUUCCUGUUGGAUAUUCUUCAAAUGAUGAUGAAGAUAUUAGGGUCGCUAUUGCUGACUACUUUGCAUGUGGAGAUCUGGAUGAAAGUGCCGAUUUUUUUGGUAUUAAUAUGUAUGAAUGGUGUGGAGAUUCUUCUUUCAAAAGCUCUGGUUAUGAAGCUCGUACUGAAGAAUACAAGAACCUUUCAAUUCCUAUCUUCUUUUCUGAAUAUGGAUGUAAUGCUGAGAGACCUAGAAAGUUUACAGAGAUUGGUACAAUUUAUGGAGAUGAUAUGACAGACGUAUGGUCUGGUGGUAUUGUUUAUAUGUACUUUCAGGAGGAUAACGAUUAUGGAUUGGUUUCAGUUGAUGGUGAUACUGUUAAAACUUUGAGCGAUUUCAAGUACUAUUCCUCUGAGAUGAACAACAUUUCGCCAUCUUUGGCACAGUCCUCAGAAGUUUCUGAUUCGGCUUCUACUAUUGCUUGUCCAACCUCAGCGGCUACCUGGUCUGCAUCCACCAAGUUGCCCCCAACUCCAGACCUGGAAGUCUGUAAAUGUAUGGCUCUGAGUUUGAGUUGUGUCCUCGCCGACGAUGUUGAUACUUCUGAUUACAGUGAUUUGUACGGCUAUAUCUGUGAUAAGAUUGACUGUAGUGAUAUAUCAAGUGACGGUAAAAAGGGAAAAUAUGGUGAUUAUUCAUUCUGUUCUGAUGAAGACAAAUUGUCCUAUGUCUUGAAUGCAUACUAUAAGGAUCAAAAUGAAGACAAAUCAGCUUGUGACUUCAGCGGAUCUGCUUCGAUUAACAAAGACGCCAAAACCGAUGCUACUUGUGCGUCCUCUGAAGCUUCAGAAUCUGGCGAAUCAAGCUCUGGAAGUACUUCUGGUUCUGGAUCCGGUGCUUCUGGAACUGCUGAUUCAGACUCUUCUAACAGCAAAGGCUCAUCUGCAACUAUUGUCGAGUCUUGGUCAAUAAGCCAGUUAAUUGGUAUAACCACCAUUAUUACUUCAUUUAUUGGAGGUAUCAGCUUUGUUUUGUUCGAUUAAAUAAAUCUAUAUUUUUUUAUGUAGUUUUUGACCUCAUCUAUUUUGUAAUCAUAAAAAUUUCGUUAAGUAGUUUAGGAUCCAUGAUGGACGCUUUCUUUUGUUUGAUAUAUUUAGAACGUGCCGAUAAUCUAGAUGAUAUGGCAACUGGUUGCAGCAUUUCUGCAGUAUCUUCAUUCUUCUGAUUUUGUUUCUUCUUGCUUUUCUUUUUAUCAGAGAUCAGUUCAUCUAUAUCCUUGCUGCUCUUUUCUUCUCUAUUAUCUUUCGAUUUUGACUUUUUUAUUAUCAAUCCUCUAUCUUUCGCCAGUUUGUUUUCUUCUCUAUUAUCCUUCGUUUUUGACUUUUUUGAUUUCAGCGAUUUCAGUACUCUAUCUUUGUUUAGUUUCUUUUCUUUCUGUUUACUUUCCUUCAGGUUUUUCUUCUUCACUUUUUUUAUCUUCAUCCCCUGGAACUCACCAUGGUCUUCGUGUUUUCUUUUCUUUUCUUGUGUUGCCUUUUCUGGUAUCUCUUUCAAUUGUUUCAUCUCUGAAUCCCAAGUACUCUUCAAAACAUCACCUUUGAUGAACUGGAUACCAAGUUUACCAUUUAUUAUUUUUUCUUUUCUACUUCUCUCAAGUUCUUGAUUGACUUGUGUUUCAUUCCCAUUUAAUCUGCCUAAGAUCCUUUGAAACGCAUCUAGCCCGUAUGCAACAUCAUCAUUAAGCAAUUCUUUGUCUUUCUUCUUCAUCUUCGCUCCCAAACCCAAAUUAUCAUCCUUUAUUGACACCUUAACGUGGGUAGUCAAAGCGUGACCGACUAAACCCAACCCCUUUCCAGGCUUCCAGCCAAGUUUUUCCAAAUGCUGAUGACCAAAUCUAGUCGUAUCAUUGGACCAGUUUGUAUUUCUAGGAUCCAAUCCGAAUCUCUGUUUAACCUUUGUUCCAGCAAGCCCCAUCAAGUA